AUGGGUGUGUUUCAAGUCAUUCUAAGAGUAUCUUUUGUGGCUAUGCUCAUCAAAUUGGUCAUGGCUACUAAUCACAUUGUCGGAGGACCAAAUGGUGGAUGGGAUACAAGCUCAGACCUUCAAUCAUGGGCAUCUUCCCAACAAUUUUCUGUGGGAGACAAUCUCGUUUUCCAGUAUCAACAAAACCAUGAUGUGGUUGAAGUUACAAAAUCAGAUUAUGACUCAUGCCAGCAAACAAAUGCAAUUCAAUCUUACAAUGAUGGUGCCACAACCAUUCCUCUCACAUCACAAGGCAAAAGAUACUUCAUUUGUGGAACAAUAGGACAUUGCAGCCAAGGAAUGAAGGUUGAAAUAGACACACUUGCCACUCAAAUUUCUCCUGUUUCUCCAGCAGCAGCAGCAUCUCCUCCAAUAGCCGAUUCUCCGAUUAUUUCGAUCACUCCCUCCGCUGCUCCAGAAGAAACUACUACUACUCCACCUGCAGAAUCUCCUGAAUCACCAAGUCCAUUGUUCGAAACACAAACGGAAACUCCUACGUUAUCUCCGGUUAUUCCUUCCACUGAAUUUCUAGCUCCUAACUCUCCUCUACCGCAACAUUCACAAGACGCAUCGGCUUCAUCGACGGUGAAAGGAAAUUUACAAGCCUUCAUUUCAAUGGUGUUGAGUUUUGCGGCAGUGUUUAUGACCUUCUUCUAA